AUAUCUAAAGUAAUUUUUAUUUCAGAUGGAAUCCAGGAAAACUGAAACUGGAUUUGCAACAAAUCUAGAUGUUACUGGAGCUGCCAAAUUUGGUGAAGUUACAAAGUCUGUGUUACAGGAAAUAAUGAAUUGCAAGAAAGAUCUCAAGAUUUUGCAAAAAAAGCUUUCAAAAAUGAGAGUUGAAGCUGCAACAACAUUAGCAGGACUUGCAACCCUUCAUGACCCUUUUAUGAGACAUCAGUUAGCCAUAGCUUAUCAAAGCCAAGAUCUUCUUCUGACUACUCUACAGAAACAAGAAUCAGUUUGUGUAGAUAAAGAUAUAUUGCUUCAUGAUAGUAAUAUAGAAAAUACAAAUUGUCAAGAAGUUGAAAAGAUAUUUCAGGAAAUCAUGGAUGGUGGGGAAAGUUCUUUAACUGGUACUGUUGACCUUCAGAGUAGUGAGAGAAAUGUAUCUCUGUGUGGAGAAAUUGUAAAGGAUGUAUGUUUUGCAGGCAAUGAAUUGCAGAUUAGGGCAGUAAGUGAACAGCAGGAAGGCAAAGAAGUAACUAAUGAAUUGGUUGUGGAAAGUCAACCUGAAAGAGAAUUUGAGGAAUCUUUUAAUGCUAAGGAAUCCAUGAACCCUACAUUAAUGGAUAUUUCAGUUGAAAUCUCUUCACUAGAUUUAGAAGGCAACAGUACCCUUGUAGAAAGCAGCUCUUACCAAGAAGUGGGUAAAGCUGUAACUGCUCUAGAAAUGAUAGCAGGAUACUCAGACGAAGCUAAGUCUCCUGAGUGAUUUACGUUCUGUGUCAGGGAUAGGCUACAUAUCUUAGUCUCUUUUGCACUCUUCAUGUCCCUAAUUUUAUUUGAAUUUUAGAAAAGUUGCUUAAUAUGGAGAUUUUAGUUAACUGUUACAGAAUUUAUUUUGAUUCCUAACAAUUAUUUAGGUUCUAUGUGAAAGAUGCAUAUUAAAAUCUUUGCUGCAGGGAAGGUUAGAUUUAGUUACUGAGGAAAUAGUACAACAUUUUACUGAGGAAAUAGUACAACAUUUUACUGAGGAAAUAGUACAACAUUUUACUUAGCCUGGAAGAUGGUUGGUUUCUGUCAGGAAACAAAUGCUUGGUUCAACUGUCAAGAAACAAAUGCUUGGUUCACUGGAAUUUGGCAUCUUGCUUGUUUUCCUUUACUGGAAGUUUCUUAUUUUGUGCUUUAUCAAAAUGUUAAUUCACUCUUGUAAUAGAAAAGUACUCUCAAUAAAAGGUUGAAAACC